AUGGCAAGCGGGUCCUCCUUUGCUGGCUCGCUCUGCCAACCGAAAGUAGUUGGAAGUCUUGUCGAGCUGCGCUCCGAGUUGGGGAAGACUCGAGGUGUUGCUCCGCUAAGUUCUUGCUUGGCUUUGGCUCCGGCUCCAGCAGCUGGCCAGCUACGCUAUUCGGUACUCGAAGAACUGGACCACGGAGCCUUUGUGGCCAACAUCGCGGAAGACUUAGGUCUGGACGUAUCGGAAUUAUCAGCGAGGCGGUUUCGUAUUGCAACCCGGGCGGGGAGUAAGCAACACCUGGAGGUGAAUCUGGAAAAUGGGAUCCUCUUUGUUAACGAGAAAAUAGAUCGGGAAGAGGUGUGCGAGGGCAGCAAGGCCUGCCUCCUGCACCUGCAACUGGUCAUCGAGAGCCCUCUUGAGCUUUAUCGCAUCGAAGUGGAGGUGCUAGACAUCAACGACAAUGCACCCCGGUUCCCUUGGCAAGAAUAUGUGCUGGAAGUGACAGAAUCAGCACUACCUGGGGCCCGCUUUCCCCUGGAGAGUGCACAGGAUCCCGACGUGGGCACAAACUCCCUGCGUACUUACAGACUCAGCCCCAAUGGUUAUUUCUCGCUGGAGGUGCAGACUCGCAGUGACAGCAGCAAGUUUGCAGAGCUGGUGCUGGAGAGGAGUCUGGACCGAGAGCAACAGCGUAGCCACCGGGUCCUGCUCACGGCUUUGGAUGGUGGCAUUCCCGAGCGCUCGGGCACAGCUAGAGUUGCGAUCAUGGUGUUGGAUGCCAACGACAAUGUGCCAGUCUUUGAUCAGUCCACUUACAGUGUAAGCCUGCCAGAGGAUGCGCCCAAAGGGACUCUGGCUAUCAAACUCAACGCUACUGACUUGGAUGAGGGAACCAAUGGCGAAAUUGAAUAUUCAUUCAGCGGGCACGCUCCACUAGGUGUGCGGGAGCUUUUCAGUGUGGAGCCCCACACUGGGCAGGUGCGCCUGAAAGGCCAAUUGGACUAUGAGCGAGCUGAUCUUCAUGAGCUAUAUGUGCAGGCCAAGGACCGGGGCCCCUCUGCAGUUGCCAUUCACUGUCGGGUAUUGGUGCACCUCCUGGACGUCAAUGAUAACGCACCGGAGGUGACCCUCACUUCGGUCUCCACACCGGUUUUGGAGGACGCACCUCCCGGUACUGUCAUAGCUGUAAUCAGCGUGCUGGAUAGAGAUUCGGGAGACAACGGGAAGGUGAGCUGCGAAAUCCCGACUGAUAUACCCUUUCAGCUUCAGUCGUCUUUCCACAACUAUUAUGCACUAGUAACUACGGCACCUCUCGAUCGUGAGACUGUGCCCGAAUAUAAUGUCAGUAUCACUGCCCAAGAUCUGGGGUCUCCAGCGCUGGCUACCAAGAAGAUCCUCACAGUCCAGGUGUCUGAUAUCAACGACAACGCGCCCCGCUUCCUGCAACCCUCUUACAGCGUCUACGUGACUGAGAACAACGCUCCUGGGGCAUCGAUCUGCUCUGUCAGUGCGCGGGACCCAGACUGCCAACAGAACGCUUACUUGUCCUACUCCAUCGCGGACGGCCAGAUCCAGGGCAUGCCCGUGGCCACCUAUGUCUCCAUCAACUCGGACAGCGGGCACAUGUAUGCUCUGCGCUCCCUAGACUACGAGCAGAUUCGCAACUUCCAGAUCCAAGUCGUGGCUCAGGACGCCGGGUUCCCUCCUCUUAGCGGGAACGCCACGGUCCACGUCUUCGUGCUGGAUCAAAACGACAACGCGCCCUUGGUCGUGGCUCCCAUGCCCCGCAAUGGUUCCGUGGCUGUGGAGGUGGUGCCUCGCUCAGCAGAGCCCGGCUACUUGGUGGGUAAAGUCUCCGCAGUGGACGCCGAUGCAGGACAGAACUCGCGGCUUUCCUACCGGAUAGUCCAGGCUACCGAUGCCAGCCUCUUCAGCGUGGCCCUCUACACGGGCGAAAUUCGCACCGUCCGCGCCUUCCUGGCCAAAGACGCCCCGAAGCACCGUCUUCUCGUCCAGGUGCGGGACAACGGACAGCCCCCGCUCUCGGCCUCUGUGGCCCUGUUGCUCUCGGUGGUGGACAGCGUCCCAGAGGUGCUCUCGGACUUCCGCGAGCUUCCUCCGGGAGGCGAGACCGCUUCUUCCAGGCUUACCCUCUAUCUAAUCGCCUCUCUGGGCUCCGUCUCCUUCACUUUCCUGGUGGCCAUCGUUAUCCUCACGGUGGUCAAGUGCCCCAAGGAGCGGCUGACCUUCCCCGACUAUGCCUGCUCGCAGCUGUCUUGUGGCGGGGAGGGCGGCGGCUCCUCUGCCUUCUGCUGCUGCGGCGGCGGUUGCAGCUCGUGUGAGCGCUCGGCCCCCGCCUCAGACCGCUUCAAGAACUCCGGCAGCGUCAACGCCCCGGUCUCCUCGGGCGACUGCGGGGACGUCGGAGCCAGCGCAGGCCCUCCUGCCUAUUGCUAUAAAGUCUGCCUGAGCCCCGAAUCGGCCAAGAGCGACUUCAUGUUCCUGAAGGCUUGCAGUCCCGCCCCUCCGAGGAACAACGAAGCGGGCCCUCAGAACUUGCCGCCGGCUUCCGCCCCGAAAACCCGAGGGGCCAAUAACUCUCGGCAGCUCGCCGACCAGGUAAAACAGGCCAAUGCAGACUGGCUGCCAUCAAAACAACCAAUACUGAAGAGUUCACAGAGCCUAGAGGAUGUAGGAAAAGUUUGGAAAGGAGUUCAGAAAGAUCAUGACAGAUUGUGUACUUUGGUCACUCCAAUGUCUGAACAUAAGAAGACAUCUGGUCCCCCUAACAGCAUCCGGACCCCUCCAUAUGCACCCCUCUAUUUGCAACAUAUUUCUCCUCUGGAUUAUCAACACAAUGUAUAUAUUCCAGGAACCCCAACAACAUCUACCAAUAAGGACAGCUCUGUAUUUCUGGAGCAGGAGGCUAAAAACAGCUUCUCCACAUUUGGAAAGAGGAAGAAAAUGAUCAAUUAUUCUGAGAAGCAUGACAGCAUGGUUAUUAACAACCUGAAAUAAAGUUUCUUUUGCAGACCGGCAGGCAUUGCAAACCAUGCCUAAAUAUUUCGGUGGUGCUGGAGAUCUCUGACUUUAACUCUGUAUGUGAUUGUACAUAAUAUAAGUGGCCAAGAGUUCUUACCUACAAGCUACUUCCCCUGAAAAGACGGCAAACAGUGAUUGACGGUAAUGUCAAGACAUAGGAAUGACUGUAAUUUAUAAUGAAGGCAUGGAAAUGUCUUCAUGGACACAGGUGGAUGCUAGCUCUUGGAAUUGGAGAAAGGAAAAAAGAAAGUAAAAUAGAAUGGACAUAACACAACAUCCCCCCCCCCCCAAUUUUAUUUCGGAGUUCUGGUGACUGCUUUGUGUGGAGAAUGCAACAUGACUGGCAAGUUGAAAAAGAACAUAAAUGAAUCAUUUGUUUAACACUAUGGAAUAUAAUAAAUGAUUGGGGUGGAAGCAGGACAAUUGUCUGAAAUUCAAAGAGGCCACGGUAUAUACACUUUUCAACUUUUAGGAACUUUCUCCCAUUUUCUAGAUGAAAUAAUUCUUUUUAGACUGUGAAUGUUUCAACACUGCCUUUCAUUUUGUUGUGUUGUUAGCGCAUUGAGCAACGUGGAAAAUUAUGGAAAGCUAAAACUACUUUUUGCAACAGAAUUUGUGAGGGUAAAGGUAAUGCUUAACAGAAAUGCAUCUAUUUAUUUCAUAUAUUUCACCCACUGAUAAAAACAUUUUUUCAUUAUUACGUACAUUUGGAUUUAAGACAAAGCAUCAUUUAAAAUGGGCUUUUUAAAGAAUCGAACUUUUAAGAAUUGCAAUGUCAUAUGCAUGUACAACAGGGGUGGAGUUUUCAGUGCAACCCUAUGGUGUUGCUUUAUCGUUCUGAGAAAAGCUGCAAGCUCCUACAGAGCCCCAUGCUAAAUGCACACACUUUCAAGUUGAAGUGUAGAACAAAGAAUUCCACAAGUAAUAAUAUAUGUUAUGCUUUAUUUUGAAUCCAUUAUGCAUUUCCAAUAAGUGUUUUCAAAUGGAAUGAAGUUGGCAAGGAGUCAGUACUACACUCCCUAAAGAGAUAUUAUGGAGGGGGAGAGGAGGAAUCCUCCAAGGAGAAUGAAUGUUUUUGAUAUCGUACCAGACUCUGCUAAGCAAUUUCGGCUAUCUUCUGAGUAGCAAUUCUAUGAGACUGUUACAUUCUAUUGAAUGGAUGUUUUAUUUUGGAUCAAUCUACGGUCAAAUUGUUAUUGCUUUACUUCUCCCUUCAACUAAUUUUAAAGUCUUUCGAAUACAAAGCCACUAUUUCUAGUAGACACAAAGGAGAGCUGAAAGGAGAAUAAAAAUUAAAUCUAUUCUAGUGCUCUAAUAUUGGGAAUAAAUUCUAGCCUACUGUUCUGGGGCUGGGCAAGAUGAGUAGGAAAAUUUUGGGACACAUUAUAUGCAUUCACCUCCAUUGCAGCUAUACUACAUUCUAGCUGAUGAGCACCAAAGAGAAAUGAAAUGGCUAUAAAAAUGGUUCGGUCAGAUCACAUUAUCAGUAUUUGCAUAUAUGCACAAUUUUGCCCUAUGGACAAAAAUAAAAUAAAAUCAUGAGUUCCCAACCUAUUGUAAAACUUGAUUUAGGAUAUAUAAUGGGAGAAAUGCUGAUAGAAUUAGAACUUAACACAACAGAUCUUCAUUAUACUACAUUAUCAAUUUGUUCUUUUCAUAGGCAUUCCAGAUUUAAAUAUUAGCAAUUCUAUCCUCAUUUUUCA